AUGCUGUCAAUAAGUACUAUUUUAUUGUUCGUUAUGAUAUUAUUCCUCGCCUAUAGGGGAAUAGAGUAUUUAAUUUUAAGAAGAUCAUUUUCAUUAGUACACCCAAUAAAGGGUGUAAUGAAUGGAAUUAAACCACACUUUAUAAUUGGUGAUCUACCACUUCAACAUUUAUUCAACAUUAAACCAAAAUUAAAGAAAUUGGGAGAUAUUUAUUUUAGGUGGUUUUUUUGGUAUCCCAUUGUGGAAAUCAAAGAUAUAAAUUCAUUACAAUAUGUUUAUAAUGAGCGUUCAAAUAACUAUAGUGUAUAUUGGAAUCUUGCCAAAUCUUCAAAUUUUUUAUUAACUGGUUCAGAAAUUAAACGUUUCUUUAGAGUCUAUUAUUGUUCAUUUAGUUGUACAGACUCAAUGAAUCGUAUAUUUCCAGUUAUAAAAGAUCAAGUAAACGAUUAUUUAAAAUCAUCAUUAUUUCAAAACUCGGUUCUAUCCACUGAAAAGGAUAUACCAAAUUUUAUGUUAAAAUUAUUAGCAAGAGUCUAUUUGGGUAGCGGCGAUGAAGCAUAUUCUUGUUUGAAAGCAAACUAUAAAAAAUUUAAUAGAACAUAUAUGGAUUUUAUUCAUUAUUUAUUCCCAAAACUAUUAAAAAUCCCAACCAGAUUUUCAAAGAAGUAUAUGAAAAAUAAAUAUAAAAGAUCAUUGUAUCAAGUUAUAGCAAUGAAGGCAUACUAUGGUGUUGUAAAGCAAUCAGAUAACGAUGAAAGAGAAGAUUCGAUGAUUAACAUUAUUGCAGAAACUAGCUACAAUGAUAAAGAGGGCUUAUCAUUAGAUGAAAUUAAAAUGCCAACUUAUUUAUUAAAUGGCUCUUCUAUUAAGGGCCCAAUUAUCGAACUACAAUCAAUUAUUUUUUUGUUAAUGGAAAAUCCUGAAGUCGAAAGUAAAAUUAGAAAAGAGAUAAAAACAGUUUUAAAAAAGAAUGGUAGAACAAUAGAAAACCUUACAGUAGAUGAUAUUCAAGAAAUGGUAUACUUAGAGGCAACAAUAAAUGAAAUAAAUAGAUUAUAUCCACCUUUCCCCAAACUAAUACCACGUCAAACAAAGGAAUCCGAUAGAAUUUUAGGUUAUCACAUCCCAAAAGGAACAAUGAUAUCAUGUCCCGUUGCGGAUAUUCUUAGAGAUCCAAAAAUAUUCGAUAGUCCAAAUGAAUUUAAACCCGAAAGACAGUUAAAAUUUGCAUCAAACCCCAAAUUUGCAUCGCCAAGUAUAUCAUCAAUUCAAGAGAUUAACGAAACCAGAAAUAAACACAAAUCAUGCCCUAUUGACAAAAUACUACCAUUAAACAUUGACUUAAACCAUCCACAAAAUAGCAAAUUAUCAGUAUCAGAUCCAAAUGUAAAGAUACCAACACUUCAUAAACGUAGUACAAGUAUUGGUGAAAAAACAUAUCAACACUCAACUCGUGUAGAUGAACUAAAGGGCGAUCCUUUAAAUAUUUCAAAACCUCAACCAAGCUUCCACCUACCUUUCAAACCUCAACCCAAAAGUACCUAUCCAUCCUGUAGUGCAUUUUUGGACGAGAGCAGAAAUAAUCCAAUAAUUAAUAAUCAAUACAACUCCUAUAGCAACUUAACAACUGAAGAAAGAAAUGAAAGAAUAGUAAAAAAUUUACCUUGGGGUAUCGGUAGUAGAAAAUGUUUAGGUAAAGAAUUAGCAAAAUUAAUAACCAAAACAAUUAUAGUUGUAAUGUAUUCUCAAUAUACUUUUGAAAGAUAUACACCCCCAACACAUCAUUAUUUUAAUAUCUAUAAUGAUGAAUGCCCACAACCACAAAAAUCAAAAAUAGAAAUUACAAUGAAUCCAGAAAUUAAACCCCCUCUUUUGUUUAAAUCUAAAAAAAUUGUUCCCACAUCAUUAGUUUUACCUAAUAAUUAA